AUGAUCUCACGGUCAAGACAACAGAAACGUCGGGCUGGGGCGCAGCUGACGUGCGACCAGGGGCAGCGGCGCUGCGGCCGCCGCUACGCCGCUCGCUCUAUUCCCGAACACCUCAAUCGAUGGCUCGCCAACUCGGAUUCCGCGGCGACCGAUCGCCGGGGGGCAUUUCGAGCGCGGGGGCGUACUCCAUGCGGGGGAUUCGCCUUACGUAAAGAUUGCGUGCGGUCGAUGACUACGAGCGAGAGGCUAGUGCAUCGUUCCAGUGACGAACGGCAUCACUGGAACGGCGGUGCACCGUUCACCGCUAUGUUUAGCGCGGCCGGC